CUUUGAUAGCAUGUUGAUGGUUCAUGUGCGGUAGGUGCGCCGCGGACUGCGAGACAGACCGAGUCCGAGUUUUUCGCGCGUUCGACGAGACGACUUGGUUUCGGGGUUUCAUCCCAACUUUGCCAGGCGACCUCGGCCAGCUCGUUUGGUGGGAUCUGCGUCCGGUAACUCACGCGCGAGUUUUCCUCGCCACGUUUCCACUACUCGUUGAAUUUGAGCUGGACGUUGCGAGGGCGGGUGAGUCGACAUGCAGUGUGCUGGUGUGAUAGGGAUCGUUCAUAUAAGGUCCCCCAGUUUCCCUCGCUUCCCUCUGAAAGUUCGUGGACAUCUCAAUUCACUCAACAUCCCUUUCUCUCACAUUUCUUUUACGCUUUCUCUCUGAUCACCAUGGGCUCCAUCUCACACGCGGAUCCGUCGUCGGACAUUGACGAAACCUACGACUACAUCAUCGUCGGCGCUGGCAUCUCCGGCAUCAACACGGCAUACUACCUCCAGGCACAUGGGCCUCCCGAUGCCACAUACGCAAUACUAGAAGGGCGCGCCCGCAUGGGAGGCACGUGGGACCUCUUCCGCUACCCGGGAAUCCGGUCGGACUCCGACAUCUACACCUUUGGCUUCUCUUGGAAUCCGUGGAAGGGCGAGAACCCGCUCGCCGAAGGGGCCGACAUCUGUUCGUACCUGGAAGAGUCGGCGACGAUGCACGGGAUCGACAGACACAUCAGGUACCACCACCAGGUGACCUCCGCCGACUGGACAUCGGCCCGCUCCUCGUGGGUGCUGAAGGUCGCCGACGCCGGCGGCGAGAAGGUCAAGACGAUCGCGGCGCGCUUCGUCGUCCUGGGCACGGGGUACUACGACUACGAUCAGCCCCUGGCUGCUGAGAUUCCCGGCAUCCAGGACUUCCAGGGCCGCGUCGUCCACCCGCAGUUCUGGCCCGAGGACCUGGACUACCGCGACAAGAAGGUCGUCAUCAUCGGCAGCGGCGCCACCGCGGUGACGCUGCUGCCCAACAUCGCCACAGACGCCCAGCGCGUCACGAUGCUGCAGAGGAGCCCGACGUACAUCGUCGGCAUGCCGCCCAGCAAGGGGCGCUUGACGCGGCUCCUGGUCUCCGUCCUGCCGAGGAGCGUCUCGGGCCGCUUGCUCCGCGUGCAGUACUUCCUCAUGUCCUUCCUCCUCUACCAUUUUUGCCAAUGGUUCCCCACUUUGGCCCGCCGGUUCCUGCUCGGCGCCGCGCAGAAGCAGCUGCCGCCGGACAUCCCCCUCGACCCGCACUUCAAGCCGAGGUACAACCCCUGGGACCAGCGGCUCUGCGCCUGUCCCGACUGGGACUUCUUCGCGGCGCUGCGGUCGGGGCGGGCCGACGUCGUGACGGAUGUCAUCGACAAGGUGACGGGCUCGGAGAUCGUCCUGAAGAGCGGGGCGGUGCUGAGGCCCGAUAUCAUCGUCACGGCCACGGGGCUGAGGAUCCGCUUCGCCGGGUCCAUCGCGCUAUCCGUCGACGGCGCGCCCGUGGACAUCACUGAGAAGUUCGCCUUCAAGGGCUGCAUGCUGCAGGACGUUCCCAACAUGGCGUUCAUUUUGGGGUACUCCAACUCCUCGUGGACCUUGGGCGCCGAGGCGACCGGCUCGUACCUUGUCCGGCUGUGGCGAAGUAUGGACAACCAGGUAGUCGAGUCAGUGACGCCUCGGCUGGAUGACUAUUCCAUGAAGCCGCGGCCAGUGGUGAGUCUAAAGUCGACCUACCUUCGAAACGCGCGCAAAGUGUUGCCCAAAGCCGGGACGGGUCUGUGGGCGCCGAGGACGAACUAUCUCGUGGACCUGUGGACGGCAACAGUGAGAGAUGUCUUCAGUGGGAUGCAGGUCCGGUAA